ACCGUCGUAGCAAGGAAAUUGAGGCAUCAGCAACUGUAUUGCUCGCCGUUCAAACAUUUCCGUGCUCAGAGAAAUCACAAUUUUUUUGUCGUCCAAACUUUUUCCUCUUGGUUUCUGAAUUCGUGUUUUAGGAUUCAUUGUUCAUAUAAAGUUCAGUAACAUUGAUUUGCGUAUUUUUUUUUUUUUAUUUCUUUGUUACUGCUAUUUCUUUCCUUGUAUGAGUAGUAGAACAUUUUUCCAAUAUGUCUUCCAUGAAUCAGACAAACGGUGCAGAUGCGUAUGAGUAUAGGUACAAUGGAUCAGAAAUCAACGUUGACGAUCUCAAUGCGGCGCAUACUGCAUCUGGGGACAAAAAUGAGUCUCUUACUAGACUUCUGAAACAUAUUCAGGGCAUAAAAAUUGAUCGAAACGUUCAAGACAUAUUAACGAAAUAUGCCAACGAGCCACCAAGUCUGAUCCUUCACAUUCAUAACUAUCACUUUCGUUUUGAACAGCAGGAUGGUGCAUUUACUUAUAACGGACCAGUAAAAUCUAUCUUACACUACUUACGCAUGGAGCUUAUUCCACCAGAUUGCAUUGAGGUGUUUCAAACGGCCAAUAUACACUUUUACGACGGCUGCUUGAUUAUUAGAGUUAUUGACCAUAGAACACCUAAUCAACCUGCCCCACCCACAAAUGCUGCUGGUACUACUGCUUCUUCAACAGCGCCGGGAUCCGUACCGUCGACUCCGAAUACAGCAACCGCACCUAGCACUGUUCUUUCCGGAUCAACAGCUGGACCUUCUGCUGCUGCUGCUGCUGCUGCCGUAGAACCACCAAAUGAACAGGCAAAAGUGUAUCACACAGUUCUGCAACCGUCAGCUGAAACCUUAUGGCAAGACCUUUGCCUUAUCAGCGAGGUAUUUGGCAAUUAUUUAACGGACGAAGCGUUGUUAGAGAUAGAGUCUAAGAUCCUUUUGGCAUCAGAGCCUCCAUUGUUGUUGGCACCGGCCACUUCGCCAUAUCAAAUGCACCGAAUUUUUGAACAGUUGGCUCAAAAGUUACCGCCGCCGUAUCCUGAACCUCGGCAUACGACGAAUGAGAUGGCUGCUGAAGAAGCAGAACGUGUUGAGAAGGAGAAUCUUCUGUUGCUUAUGGACGAUCAACAGCAUCACGAUUUUAAUCCAACGUUCCAGAGACUUCAAUUCAUCGAAAACGUUCGACGGAAAAGAGCACUUAUGCAACAGCGCCAACAACAGCAGCAACAACAACAGACUCAACGUACCGCCCAGCAAAAACCCGGUUCCCGACCACUGGCGCCAGGAGCUGCGGGAAAAGGCGCGUCACCGCCAGUUUCUUCGCAGCAACAGCAGCCGCACUUUGUCGGUCCCUCAUCAGUUGCAGCAGGUCGCCGACAAGCAAGCCCGUCAAUAAAAAGCGAAACAAUGGACGCUGCACAGGCUCGUCAGAUGGCGGCUCUGUACCAACAACAACAAAACCAGUAUAUGAAAACCAUGCAAGCUCAAGCAGUACAUCCUUCUUCUUCUCGGCAGAGUAUGUCACCGCCUGCUGCGAGUAAUUACAUGUCCUCCCGAAAUGCCCCUACAUCCUAUGGAAACAAUAAAUACCCUCGCCGUUAAUGUUUUUCAUGUGUAUGACACUGUCACAUCCCUCAAAAGUAUAUUUUCUACUAUUUUAUUUUUGUGUUUUCAAUUGCAUGCACUGCUUAUAAACCGGUAAUAGCAAAAAAAAAAAAAAACGGAAAUUA